AGCCGAGCCUUCGCCACAGUUCAUAAUAAUACCAUCCCGGUGACUGUGUGCAACCCCCAGAUCCAGCUGACAUCCGUCGAGAAGUUGAAGGACCUUAUAAAUCCCGGUUGCAAAUUAUUGCAGUCAGUGCCAAUUAUGACAGCCCCCAAAAGCUACGUUGCCGCGAUGUUACUCGUCGUUGUUAUCGCCUCGGAUGUUCAUACAGCCGAAUACGCCGAUUACGACGGUAUGUCGUCGGAUUCCGAUGGGCACGAUGCUCGUGACUUGUACAACGCACUCCAGCAACAGGAGGACCCGAAUGCCGUAAAAUUAUGGAAUAUUCCAAUCCAGCAUUUAAUGGUUCGCAAAUCUCAGCGUUCACCUUCGUUCCGACUCCGAUUUGGCCGCCGUUCCGACCCUCUAAUGUCCAACGAUAUUUCCGGCCAAGAUAAUUCCGUUGAGAGAAAAUCCGUGAGGUCGCCUUCUUACAGGCUACGAUUUGGUCGGCGCAGCGAUCCUGAACUUUCGGAGGAUUUUAUGGCGAGAAAACCAAGCAGGUCGCCAUCUUUUAGACUGAGAUUCGGACGUCGGAGCGAUCCCCUUAUAAAUCAUGAUCUUGCGAGCUCGUUUCCCGGCGAAGACUACUUAGACAGAAAGAUAGUCAGAUCGCCGUCUUACAGACUUCGUUUCGGCAGGCAGAGUGGCUUGGUUGAUUCGACGGAAGUUCAACCUGGUACGACAUCGGAAAAGGAAUCAGCAGCGGUGGUUGAAGAGAAUUAAUUGCGCAACGUAAAGAAAGAAAAUUAUCUCCGUCUUCUAACGUUAUCAUUAUAUAUUACAUACCUACACAUAAACAUUAUAAUGCAGCUGCAGAAACUUUGCUAUUAACGAUAUACUUGUCUUCUUUCUGAUCUGCAUAUUUUUCAGCCGAACAUUUGUAAUAAUAAUAAGGAUGAUAAUGAUAAUAACUACAUUAAUAAUACUAAUAUAUACAAACACAUCUAUUACCUGUGUGCAGUGCAUAUAAUGUUGAUGAAUUCAAUUUGUUUGUAAUUGAGAAAAAAUCAAACUAUACAGAUCAAUGUAAAGUUUAUUUACUUCAAAUUCAUUUACGCUAUUCCUGGGAAUGUCUUUUUCCGUAUCGGUUAUUAUUUUUUGCCUGUGCAGUUAUUAUUUGUCCACAUGAACGUAUAAAUUGAAAAAAAUUGUGCCAAAUUAAUCCAAAUAUAAAUUUUUGUGUACAUGA